GCCUGCAACAUCCGAUUCAGCCGCCACGAUAACUACAUUGUCCACAAGCGAUUCUACUGCGCCUCGAGACAUGAUCCCUCCAACCAGCGGGCCAAUUCUGGUAAGACUGCCUUCCUUCCCCAACCUAUACGCACACGCAAGCGCAAGAAGAUGUAUGAGAUCCACAUGGCUCAAACUGAGGCCUUGGCCAAUGCCACUGCUUUGCCGGCAGCAACAAGUCUGGGGGUGAAACAAGAGGGCCCUUCCGUUCCUCCAUUGCCCCAAGUAUCCACUCCAACACGCAGCUCAAGUCCUGAAGGUGACGGACCCAUCGACUUGAGUAAAAGACCCAGACUAAGAGAAAGCCAGAGAGGGAGCAGUAUUCCCGCUCUGCCUCUUACUGACUACCACAAGUGCACUGCCUGCAGCAUUAGCUUCAAUAGCAUAGAGAACUACCUAGCCCACAAGACCUACUACUGCCCUGCAACUAACCUGCACCCACACACUAUGGAACAGCUUAACCGGUUGAAGAGACCUGCUUCCACCUCACCAAAGAACCGUGCUGUCGACUUGCACCCUGAUGCCAAAGGGCUUCAGACAGGUAAAACCGCAGCGGUUCUGCAUCUAUCCGCUCUACCUAGCUCUGAAUCCCCUCCUCCACAUGUGCAGGGACCAAAGACCCCCAGCACCUCCCCAGUGGUGUGUCCUUACUGCCCUCCCAACAGACCGCUGACCUGUGAUCUGAUGGAGCAUUUUAAAACGACUCAUGGUCUGGUGCUCACACUUCAACAACAUUCGGAGAUGCAGUCCUCUAGAGUCAGUCCUAGUUCUAGCCUUAGCCCACGGGAAGGAGCUCCUCUCACACCACCUAAAAAACCAAGCCCUCGGCACCGUAAGGACAGUGUGAAUGGCCGGAGCAUCAAGGUGGAAGCAACCUCUCCUUCCUCACCUGUGCUUAAUGGAAGUCCGCUAGAAACCCAGUCCGUGGGGUCUGGUUCUCCAAAAACUGCACCCCCUGCCCUCUCCCCUACAGGAGUAACUGUGUCACCUGUGCCUGAAACGUUAAGAGAGGUGGGGCAGCUAGGCCACACCCCAUUACCCACACUCCUCUCUGAAAAGACAGGCCUUGCUGUAAACCAUGUCCAUACAACUCUGCCCACGCCUAAAACACCCCUCGCCUCUCCUCUGCAGAACGGGAACACCCGCUACUGCCGGCUGUGCAACAUCAAAUUCAGCAGCCUCUCCACAUUCAUUGCACACAAAAAAUACUACUGUUCCUCUCACAGUGCCGAACAUGUCAAGUGAGCCCUUUACCUAGUCAAUUCUGCCAUUCUUCUUAUGCAUAGACGUGCCAAUCAAGGCACUGCCGACCUGAUCCAGACAGAGCAUGAUAGCGGGACUGUUACUAGCCAGAUAUGGACAUCUCCAUACCGACCAUGUUAUCUGGUGUUGUUACUAUGGCAACUUAUUACAUGUUAUGGGUCAAGUUUGUCUUACACUAAGAGAUGAGACUACCUGCACACAGAAUGUGCCCCACUGACCUAUUCCCUCAUCCAUGCAGACUUCUUUCAUCUGUGAGUUUCUAAAUCUGCUGAUGGAAAGUGACAUCUUGCCCUUUAAUUUGCUUUGAAAAUGCUGUUUUAAUCACUCCUAUGUUCAUUUUAAUCAAUGAUGGCAUUGUAUAUUUGUAAAAGAUUGUUUGACUGAGCCAUUUUCGUUUUGUUUUAAAUCGCUGAUUUGGGGUUAAUUCUGACCCCUAGUGGAGGUCUUUAUAGAACCCAGUUUGCAGAUUUUUGUCAAUACACUGACUCGAGAGGG